CACUGAACAAAAUAUUUGACAGUGCGUGCACUUUUACUUGGCACUUGCCAACAUUAAGGACUGUAAUUUUUGUAUUUUUUUGAAUAAAUUAGAGAGGAUUUUUAUUCUAAAACUUUCAUUGAACGAAAAACUCAAGGAUGAGCGAUAUCGAACAAACAGAUAAUCGCGAGACUACUAGAUGGAGAAGAGACAAAAUUCGAAGAAGAUCUCAGAGUCCCUCGUAUAACAAUGGUGCUGGAUCCCAUAGAGAGAGGUCACCCGUAAGCAGCAGAGAUACCUAUAGGGACGAACAUUAUGAAAAAAGACCUCGAGUUAUUGGCCCUCAAUAUACAUAUUCAAGAAGUAUCAAUGAUCCUUACAGUCAAGAAAGUGUCAUUUCCUAUGAGCGUUUCAUUCGCUGGUAUAGUCAAGAGAACUCGAUUUCAGCUACGACAGAGGAUUUGUACAAGUCGUUACAUGGAACUUAUAAUAAUUAUAAACAGGAUUUGUAUGCGAGAACCGCUAAAAAGUUUGUACAGGAUCAUUGUGAUGAAGCAUGGUUCGAAGACGCUUAUUGGUUUGACGAAUCUCAGGGUCGAUUGCGUGAAAUUUCAGGAAAAGAAAAAUCAUACCGACUUUCUAUGCAUAACAUAUUUUUGGAGAGACUCGAAAACGGAUACUAUGAUGCUUUUAAACUACCAAAUGAACAAGAUAUACCUACGGAGGUAAAAAACAUGAAUAAUGAAACUAAUCCCGAACUGUUUAUAAAAGAAGUUCCAUACUUUAAAUAUUUAAUGGACUCUAGGGAGUUAGCCAAGGAUAAGACCUUGCUGAUUCGACACGUGUUGCCAGACAUCUCAAUGUCUAACAUGCAUGAGGUGUUUGACAAUAUAGACAUUAUUGAGUAUUUCUCAGUUUCACGCAUGAAGUUUACAAAGAAUUUUGAGCGAUCUGUUUGGGUCCAUUUGAAGCCGGACGUUGCAAUAGAAGGAGCAAAGGAAAUCCUUGAUGGUGUUCAAUUAGCUUCAAAUUACGCUAUUGAAACUGAAAGCGCCAAGUUUCCAAGGAACCAUGUCCCAACUCCUCUUCCUUCUAAUUUUUCUUCCAACGAUAUAUGUAAAAAAAUUUUGAGCAUUCUGUUUAAAGUAAUGAAUCGAUUUGUUGUCAUGUACAAUUUACCACAGGAUAUUUCUGAAAAGCUACAAGACAAAGUCUAUUCCGUUCCGAUUGACGUGGAGGAUGAAAUAGAAAAAGAACGCAUGCAUAACGUUCAGUUGUGCGACCUACUUGUGGAAUAUCUUCGUCAAGUGGCUACAUUCGAUUUUUGGACUUGCAGGAGUUAUUCAAGUCUAAUUGCUUUGUUGCAAGAUAAUCCUGCUGGAUAUUCAAGGAAAUCGUAUGAUGACACUAACGAAGCCUCUCAGGAAGAAAGCUGGUUUUCAAAUUUGGAGAGUGAUUACACAUGUUUGCUUGAUCCAGAAUCUGUCGACCUAAAAUCGAAAGGUGCGUUACCAAUCGAUACCUUUGUAAAUUCCGAAAUUGAAUCGGUAAUUCUCAAAGAGGACGACCAAAAGUACCGUUGCCACGUAGGAGCUUGUACUAAGUUGUUUUUGGGGCCUGAAUUUGUUAAAAAACAUAUUAGCAAAAAGCAUUCAGAAUGGCUAGAUCAUGUAAAGAAGGUAGCUAUUUGUUUGCGUAAUUACGUCUUGGACCCAGGAAGGGUUAUGGAUCCCAAGGUAGUCAGUCCAUCUUAUGCUGCUCAGCAUCUUGCAAACAAAAGUUAUCCUGUCUCUUACUUUGGAAACUCUGGGUAUGAUCGAAGAAGAAAUGGUCUUGAAUUCGAGGAUUCACAUCAUACCUCAUAUCAAAAGCCGUAUCAUCGACAAGAUUCAUAUACAGAGCGUCGUGAUCAAUACAAAGAUUACCGGGAUUUGGAUGCUCCAACGCAAGAAAUUCCUGAAUUGGAUUACUGAGUGAAUUGGGUAUAGGCCUAAACCUCGACACCCCAAUUAUCUCAGGAUCAAAUUUCUGUAAAUACGAAGGGUAAAAUAAAAGCAGCAACAAUGCAAUUUUUUGUGCAUGAGCCUUUCUGAGCUUAUGUAAAGAUCAACAUAAAAAUAAAAAAAAAAGCUACAUAUACUAGGUUUUUCGAGUUAAAAAAAAAUUGAACUAUUAAUACAGUAAUGAUUGAUUAUACAAAGC